AUGCAUGGAAGAGGCCCAACUCCUCCAAGUCGACCCAAACCCUCAGUCUCUUCCGCUUCCUCCUCUUUCUCCCUCUCCUCCACCUCCCCCUUCUCCUUCGCUCCCACCGCCGCUGGCGCCGCCUCAUCUUCCGCCACUGGUUUCUCCCUAGGCGCUUCUUCCUCCGCCGGUUCCUCCCCAUCUCGCUUCGGCCUCUCAACCUUUGGCUCCUCAUCGGCCGCAUCCUCAGCCUUUUCUACCUCCAGUCUUUUCUCGACGUCUGCUCCAUCUUCCGCCGCUUCUACCUUCAGUCUUUUCCCGCCAUCUGCUCCAUCCUCCGCCUCUACUACCUCUAGUCUUUUCUCGCCAUCUGCUCCAUCCUCCGCCUCUACUACCCCCGGUCUCUUUUCCUCGCAGGCGGUCUCUUCUCCCAAACCCAUCCCUUUUCCCUCAGCAUCCGCCGCACCUUCCGCUUCCUCAAGCCCUAAUUUUGGUUUUGGAUUGGGGGCUUCGACUCCCAACUUCGGCUUCGGUUCGUCUUCCACUGCUGCCUCUCCGUUGUUUGGUACUUCCGCUUCCCCUCCGGCGCCGGCGCCGGCCUUGUCCUCGGCUCAGACACUGUUUGCUUCGUCAGCUAGUGCCGCACCUUCGGUGCCUUCGUUUGCUACGUCCUCAUCUCCCCCCGCCUUUUCUGUGCCGACGACGUCUGCUCCAGCUCCAUCCUUCGUAUCCCCGUUUCCUGCCUCCUCCUCUGCGUCCCCUCUAUUCUCUUCUUCUGCUACCGCUACCUCCUCUCCUGCCAUCACCAGCAUUUCGACCUCUCCUUUCUCCUUUGGAAGUGGCAGUUCCUUUGCUCCGAGUUCGUUCGAUGCCGUGUCGUCUGGUAGUACUACUUCGUCCUCACCUGUUACUACCACGUCCACCUUGGCAACUGGCUUUUCUUUUGCGACUCCGACAUCUGCUGUGUCCCAACCUUCCUUUGGGUUUACCAAUGCUGCUACAUCAACUCCCUCCAGUGCAUCUAUGUUCUCCGCUCCUACUGCUGCAAAGCCUUCAACUCUGUCAUUUGGAUUUGGGCUCUUCUUUCUUAUGAUGAUCUUGUUCUUGCAGAUUUGUGUUUCCUCUGUGGACCCUUUGGCAUUUCCUUCUGCAGUGGAAGCAGGUGCCCAAAUGGUGGAAAUUGGAAAUUAUGAUUCUUUCUACGAGAUGGGAAUUCAGUUUUCCCCUGAACAGAUUCUAAAGCUCACUAGAGAAACUAGAAGGAUUCUUCCAUCCAUUACACUGUCUGUAACCGUGCCACACAUGCUUAGUCUCCCUGAUCAGGUGAAGCUAGCAGAGUUGCUGGAACAGGAAGGUGCUGAUAUAAUCCAAACUGAAGGAGGGAAAUACUCAAGUCCAUCAAAACCUGGUGUCCUUGGUUUGAUCGAGAAGGCCACACCAACGCUAGCAGCUGCAUACUCCAUUUCCCGAGCAGUUCAGAUUCCAGUUAUGUGCUCAUCUGGAUUAAGCGCUGUCACUGCACCUAUGGCUUUAACAGCAGGAGCAGCUGGUGUGGUAUGCGUUCUUUUGCUUUCUAAUCUAAUCAUUAUCUGCUACUAG